GGGAUGAAUGAAUGGAAGUCUGUUCAAGAUGUGAUACGAGGAACCUUCAAGACCCUUCACGAUGUCAUCAAGGCGCAAGGAGUCGCGAUCAAGUCUCUCGAGCGGCAGCUAGAGGGUAAGGUAGCGCAUGUCGAGCUACAAGGAAUGCUGGAUCGCAAAGCAAACAUGUCGGACGUGAACAAGAGCGUGGCUGAGAUUCUCCACAUGCUGGAUGCAAAGGCUUCUAUCCGCGACAUGGAACAGAAGGCCAACAAGGCUGAGGUCGCUCUUGGGAUCUACGGCAACCAAGACGCGCUGUCGAAGGCGAUAGCGAAGAAGGCAGAUUGCAACAAGUUAGAAGAGAUGGAGAGAGCUAUGAACAAGAGUCAGGCGCAAAUGUCAGAUCGAGGAGAAGGUGAGAGGGAGGGUUCAGUGUUGCUGCUCACUAGCCAGCAGAUGAACAGCGCGCUCUCAAGGGAUGUGCUGAAGCAGAUACAGCAGCACACGUCCGACGUCAACAACCAGAUCGUGAGCGUGAAGAACGAGCUGGGAAGAAGUCACAAGAAGAUGCGGGAAGAGCUGGACGAGCUAAGGUUGGAGAGGUCGGACAGGUCCUUGAGCUUCGGCAAGGUGUACGCGGAGAUGGCGGAGAAGGCCAACGUGGCGGACAUGAGCAUCCUGCUAGACGGGAAGGUGGACGUUGACGCGUUCAACCGCGCGAUGAUCGAGGUGAACAGCCUCAUCCAAGAGAAGGCGAGCUUGCAGGACGUGUCGUCGUCAUGGCAGGACAAGUACCUGAUGCUGAGUCAGCCGGGAGGAGAGGUGUGCUCCGGGCGGUGGAUCUGGAAGAGCCUGAAGACGAAAGCGAGCGGGGUGGUGCCAUGGAAUCUGCAGAGCUCCAACUCUGAUCCUGUCCACCUGGUGUGGGAGAAGGAUAAGACUUACAUCCUUUGCGUCCUCCCCGGCCUCUACUGCAUCGAGCUGGGGUUCUUCAGCAGGAAGCGGCCGUCGGCGCGCGUGCAUGUCAACGGGGAGCCAGCGAUCACCAUAGGCUCUUCCCCUGCUCACGUCACUUACCAUGCAGGCAGCCGCCUGCUGAGCUCGGGGCGGUACACCAACAGCAACCUGACGGGUCUGACGCACGUAGACUUCCUCGUGCUGCCGUCCAAGUCGAGGGUGUCGCUCAGCUAUCAGGGCGACGAGGACGCUGAAGGUUUCUUGACGCUCAAGAAGCUCUGA